GAAUAUUCCAACUCAGCACCCUCCAUCCAACUCAGAAUAUUCCAACUCAGCGCCCUCCAUCCCCUCAGCCCAGCGCGGUUCCCGCCCUCACUGCGCACUGGGCCGCGCCGAUGGCGCAGUGCCGGCGGGGAGGCCGGGCAGGAAGGGGCGGGCAUCGGCGGCCGCAGUCCGUGCUCGGUUCCCGGUACGCGGUGCUUGGCUGGUGGCGCUGGGUUCCCGGUGCUCGGUGCUCGGUGCUCGGCCGGGCCGGCGGCAGGCCGCUCCCUUGCUCUGCCCGCUGCCUCCCUCCCCUCAGCGUGGCCAGAAGCGCCGCUUUCCGUAAAUAAGUGCCUGUGCUGGAUCAGCGGAGACUUCGGACGUGAAGGAUUUGUGGUGAAAAUGGCUGCGGAGGAGAGGUGGAAACAGCAAAAGGAGGCUGAGCAUGGAGGGGAGAGGGAGCCGUGUGUGCUCCUGGGCCGGCAGCUGGGUGAAGCCGGGAGAUUCGCCUACGCGGCGCUUUGUGGGAUUUCCCUCGCCUGGCUGUUCCCUGAAAACGAGCAAAGCUCCUUCAGAACAGAAUUCAUCAAGGGCUUUGUGAAGUGGCUGGACCUGCCUGAUGCUGUCUUACCUGCCAUGACAGCCUUUGCUGAUGGCUUAGGAGGUGAGGGCACAGAAACUUUCACUGAAAUUUUGCUGAAGGAUCCCAUCUUGAAAGAAAAUCCACUUCUUAUUACCCAGAACCUUUUAUCCUUCUCUCUUCAAGAUGGAUCCUAUGAUGCUCGAGCCAGGGUGUUGAUCUGCCGUGUCAGCUGGCUGCUGAGAAUUCCCUUGGAAGAUCUGGAAGUCCUGGAGGAAUCUCUGCUUGAGAGCCUGAAGGAACAAAAAGAGGAAGAGUCAGAAACUGCAGAAGUCUCAAGAAAAAAGAAGGAAAGAAGGAGAAAGCUGAAGAGAUACCUGCUGAUCGGUCUGGCAACUGUUGGGGGUGGAACAGCGAUUGGUCUGACAGGAGGCCUGGCUGCCCCUCUGGUGGCUGCAGGAGCUGCCACGAUCAUCGGGAGUGCUGGAGCAGCUGCUUUAGGAUCAACUGCUGGCAUUGCUGUCAUGGCAUCCCUGUUUGGAGCAGCAGGAGCUGGUCUUACUGGAUACAAAAUGAAGAAACGUGUGGGAGCCAUAGAAGAGUUUGAAUUCCUCCCACUUACUGAAGGGAGGCAGCUCCACAUCACCAUAGCAAUCACUGGAUGGCUGUGCACUGGCAAAUAUGGGAGCUUCACAGCCCCGUGGAGCAGCAUGCUGCACUCGAGUGAGCAGUACUGCCUGGCCUGGGAAUCCAAGUACUUGAUGGAGCUUGGAAACGCCUUGGAUUCCCUUCUGAAUGGUUUUGUGAACAUGAUGGCUCAAGAAGCCCUAAAAUUCACUGUCUUGUCAGGGAUUGUGACAGCUUUGACUUGGCCAGCAUCACUCCUGACUGUUGCCAGUGUCAUUGACAACCCCUGGGGAGUGUGUCUGCAUCGCUCUGCCGAGGUGGGCAAACACCUUGCACACAUCCUGCUCAGCAGACAGCAGGGCCAGAGACCUGUCACACUGAUUGGCUUCAGUCUGGGUGCCAGAGUCAUUUACUUCUGCCUGCAGGAGAUGGCUCAGGAAAAAGACUCACAAGGCAUCAUUGAAGAUGUUGUCUUACUGGGAGCUCCAGUGGAAGGAGAAGCCAAGCACUGGAAAGCUCUCACCAGAGUGGUGUCAGGCAGGAUCAUCAAUGGCUUCUGCAGGGGGGACUGGCUGCUGAGCUUUGUUUACAGAACCUCCUCUGUCCAGCUCAACGUGGCAGGCCUCCAGCCAGUCGACCUGGAUGACAGGAGGAUGGUGAACGUGGACCUUUCCUCUGUGGUAAACGGCCACCUGGACUACAUGAAGCAGAUGGACACCAUCCUAAAAGCUGUGGGCAUUAAAACCAAGGAAUUCCGGCCCAUAGAGAAGGGCAGUGGCAGUCGUUUUUCCCCUCAAGCCAAGAAAUCCCAGCGGGCAGCUGGCAGCAAGGCUCAGGGAGAGGAAAACACCAGGAAAGAGGAGGAUGAGGCUGGGGGUGAGGCUCUCUCAGCCAGCUGCACUCACAGACUGAAUUCCUCCAGCUCUGCCCUGGGAGAAUCCUCACCUCCCUGCCCAGACUGCUCACACAGCACGGACAGCAAGGAGCAGGCAGCAGGGAAAGGAGAAAAUCAGAGCAGAGCUGCUCAGCCAGCACAAAAACCGCUGUCAGCACAUCCAUGGCACUGAGAUUCCCAGAG